AUGGGAGAGCUGAGAAAUUUACGUGAUGCUUUUGCAGUAAAACUCUCCGGUUACGUGAAUGAUACAAUGUUACGAUUUGCUAGUCAACUUGGCUUUAUCGUGAAUACUGGUGUCAGUCUACCAUCGUUGAAUAAUGAUUCAGCAUCCUCGUUAGGAGUAUCUGGUAGUCCUGGAAAUGGAAGUACUACUACUACUACUGCUGGAGGUGGUGUUGGCGGUACACUAGAGAAAAACAAAAAACACUCUUUAAUUAUCUCCAACUCGUUUCAUGUCGCCUCAGAGGUGUACGCAACACAACGUACUGGUCUGUUACAAUUAGCACCACUUAUUGGCAAUUGGUUACAAACGAAUAGAAAAGAUUUAUAUAUUGAAAUUAAAAGGAUGUAUGUUAAAAAAUCACAAAGUUUCUUUAGACGACAAAUUCAAGAAGUAUUGAAAUUCACUGAAGAUUCUAUAAGAGCUCUUGUACGCCCAAGUAAAGCUAAGGAUUCACAACGUCUUGAUAAUAUGCCAUCUGAUGUUGGCAGUGUAAUGUCAUUGCAAGUUUCUGAUUCAAGUUUUCUCUCUCAAGUUGAAAAUAUAUUUGAUAAUUGUUUCGAUAAAAUUCUGACAGUAAUACGUACAGAACAGGCGUUUGUAAAUCAAUUUUUCGGUUUUAAUUUACAUCCACCAAGUGAUAAAUCACCUAAUACCCACAAGGUCUAUUCCGGGGAUGAACUACCCAGCCUAUUGGAUUGUAUGUUCCAGUUAUUCGAUGGUGUUGAACAAGAUGUGCUGAAUUUAGUUGUAAAUUGUGAACAACUAUUAACGAUUCUUAUUAUGCCAUUACUUAUAUCAAUUUCACGUAUCACAGAGAAUGAAUCCGCUCAGAAUAGUGGAAUUGUCGAGAUGACUGGUGGCAAUCCGAAACAGUUACAGUCACAACAAUCAGCAUCAUCAGAUGUGACCAAAGUACAAGUGACAUUUAUUGGUAAUUUCUUAUCACGACUUAUUGUUGAAACCAAGAGAGCAUUCAAUCGUCUUAUUGAACGAUUAAUUAUGACAUUUAAAAUGAGUAAACCAAGUCGUAAAGCUCGAUGUGGUAUUCUCACUAUCGUGAGAACGUAUAUUGAAUUUGCAGAAUGUUCUAUCACCGUGUUUGCAACAAGUUCACGUCUAGUUGACUUAGAACGUGCUCAUGGUGAGCUAGUCCGCUCUUUGAUGACAGAAAUUGAUCGAGUGGCAUCAGAAAGUUUUAAAACACCCGGUGAAGUAGUUCAACUAGAAAAUUAUCAUCGAUUAUGUGAUAUUCUCCGCCGACUAAAAAUGUCCGGUUUAGACGAAUAUCGUCAAGAUGCAAAAAAUCGAUAUACACUAGCACUACAAGAAUAUACUAAAAAUUGUAUGGGUCGUCCUUUAGAAAAAUUAGCUAGUUUCUUUGAAAAUGUACAAAGCGCUUUAGAGGCUGGCGUUCGACCAGAAGUUGUCAGUUAUCAAUUUGCCUUUAGUAAACAAGAAUUACGUAAAGUGAUUAAAGAAUAUCCUGGGAAAGAAGUUAAACGUGGUUUAGAGAGUUUAUGUAAAAAAGUUGAAAAACAUUUAUCCGAUGAAGAGAAUUUAUUCCCUGUUGUAUGGCGUUCAAUACAAACAGAAUUUAUGACUCAAUGUUUACGCUUUAGUAAUUUAAUUCAACAAUGUUAUCCAGAUUCAGGAAUAUGCUUAGAAUUCACGGUGAAUGAUUUACAAAAUUAUUUUGCUGAAAUUGCACGUUCACGUUAA